UACGUCUACUUGGUGGUUGAUAUUAAUCAUUUUUUUGUCCUUUACGUUGACAAAAAUCCUGACAAAAAAAGCGUAAAUCGCGUGAUCUCGUGAUAGUGAGUGGAUACACACAAGUGUAUCUGCUAACGCUUCUAUGACUCUUUGUUUAAGAUCAUCACAAGUACGGAUGGCAUUGCUCUGCAAACAAGGAAUUAUACAAUAUAUCAAGAUUAGUUGUGAAUAAUUUGAAGUUCAACAAUGAGUCCUCAGAGUUAUAAAAAUCCUAUCACAUCAAAAGUUAUGGCAUCCAAUGGUUUUGCUGGGUCUGAGACAUCAGCCACAGAGUCCAAAAACCAUUCAUCACCUUGUGAGUCAUUCAAUUCAAUGCCAUGGUUCGGUAUGGAUAUAGGAGGAACAUUAUCUAAAUUAGUAUACUUUGAGCCAAAAGACAUUACAAGGGAUGAAGCAGAUGCAGAAGUGGAAACUUUAAAAAACAUUAGACGGUAUUUAGUUAAAAAUUCAGCAUAUGGGAAGACAGGCCACAGGGAUACACAUUUACAAAUGGAUAAUGUUUGUAUCAGAGGUAGACGUGGUACGCUACAUUUCAUUAGAUUUCCCACAAGUGAAAUGGGAAAUUUUUUAGCAUUAGCAAGAUCCAAGGGUAUGGCUAAUCUUGUAACAACAGUUUGUGCUACCGGUGGUGGAGCAUACAAGUUUGAAAAAAAUUUUAAACAGGAAGUUAAUAUGAAUUUAGCGAAAUUUGACGAAUUAGAUAGUUUAAUACGUGGUAUGCUUUAUAUAGAAACAACAAAUCCACAUGAAUGUUAUUAUUGGUCUCAUCCUACAGACAGUAGUAAAUGUCAGAAGGUUCCUUAUGACUUUUCUGAACCCUAUCCUUUCUUGCUUGUAAAUAUUGGGUCAGGGGUAAGCAUAUUAGCAGUCUAUGGGUCAGACAAUUAUAAAAGAAUUUCUGGUACCAGUCUAGGUGGUGGUACGUUUUUAGGAUUAUGUUGCUUAUUAACCGGAUGCAACAGUUUUGAAGAGGCAAUAGAAUUAGCUACAGAGGGUGAUAAUACUAGAGUCGACAAGUUAGUUAAAGAUAUUUAUGGAGGAGAUUAUGGACCAUUCGGUCUGCCUGGUGAUCUCGUGGCGAGCAGUUUUGGACAGAUGAAUUCCAAAGAACGUCGUAAUGCAGUUAGUAAAGAGGAUCUUGCACGUGCAACACUUGUUACCAUUACCAACAAUAUUGGUUCUAUUGCGCGUAUGUGCGCUGUAAAUGAAAACAUUGAAAGGGUGGUAUUUGUAGGAAAUUUCCUCAGGGUAAAUCCUAUAUCAAUGAAACUUCUGGCUUAUGCAAUGGAUUACUGGUCCAAGGGAACAAUGAAAGCUUUGUUCUUGGAGCAUGAGGGUUACUUUGGCGCGAUAGGAUGUCUGCUCCAAUUUAAUGGUGAAACAAGUUAAAGUUACAAAGAAUUGCAUAAAAUAUAGCAUUCCAUUUGAUACGUCAAUUCGAGUGAGACUUUUUCACAAGGAUGGUUAUGCAAUUAUUUAUUUUUGUUAUAUUUAAUUUCUCAGGAAUCAUUGUAUAUCUUAUAUAUACAGUUAUAAUGUUACACGAAAUUUUAACGAUAAUGGAGACCUGAGAUCAGGCUUGUAUUAUCAUCGUAUUUAUUACAAUUUUUACAAGUAAGCACAUAAUAAGUUAUUACUUCAAAACGUGUUACAUAAUUAUUGCGAAGAGACCUAAUGUAGGCACAAACUUUGCACGGUUUUACGUAAGAAAUUACGAUGUACCAAAACCUAAACGCAUAAAUCUCAAUUGAACGUUCUUUACAUGGGUAAGAUUAGUCUACCUAAUAUUUUAUUUUUUAACAUUUUUAUAAAUACCGUUUUAGAAUCUUACAUACAAUGCAUGAAAUUCAUCAUUUUUAUAAAUUUUCGAUCAUUCACGACCGCUGAAAAGACAAGCAAUAAGUAUCUAUUUAAUAUAUUUAUUACUGCUGUAUGUUUCGUUGUUAUUAAUAUUUCGAUUAGUAGAGGGUACGAUUAGUAUUAUAUUCUAAUAAUGGUUAAAAAUCAUACAAAGUACAUGUAAUGGUCAGUGACCACAUUUAAAAGUUGUUUAUAUGCAUUUUUUUCCGUUUAUAGAAUACUGCAAGGGGAAAUGUAUGAGGUAUUUGAUAUUACAAAACAUUAACACAGUAUGCAUAAGGUGCCUCAAGUUAUAGACACAUAGUAUAUUGUCAGGCAUUUUUUUUUGUUAUAGAAUAAUUUAUAAUUCGGUGAACAAUAGGACGGAAAAUAUAACGAGCAUAUUUGUAUUAUAACACUACGAAAAAAUGUAUAAAAAAUUAUA